UCACCACCACUACUACCACCACCACCACCACUGUCGCCUCCCAGCCUCACCCUCACUGCCUCACUAGCUGCUCAGUGCUCAGUUCCCCAACAGACGCGGCCGAGGUAGCAUGUAACACCCCCGCUCCUCGUCCCCUCAUCACUGGGCCACACACGCCGCCGCUCCCACGCCGCCGCACACGCCUUACAGUGCCUUGCUUUACAUGUGCGUGUCACCAACCCACACACACCGCCACCUGCACCACUGUCAUUACGUUUUCUUCCAAAUUGAUCAAACUCUGAAAAAUUUUGUGUUGAUUUUAUUUUUUGCAAGGUGUGUUUUUGAUGGAAAGUUCUGAGUGCAGCAAGUCUGUCUGCUGCUGGUACUGCCUCCUGUGUGUGUGUGUACCUGUGAAACACCUGGUAAUUAGAAUUCUUUGGUGAUUUGGUGAGCGUUUCCGCCCACCUAUUCGCCUCUCUGCCCUGCCCCGCCUCGUGAGUGAAAGAAAGUGAUGUGAGAAAAAAAUAAAAUAAACGUGACAUUGUUGAGGAAAUAAUAAUAGUGACAGUAAUAAUAAUAAAUCAACAGAAAUUGCACGUGACGCAGUGUGACGGAGCACAGGAUUACACAGGUAUGCAGACGAGGUGAUUGAUUCAAAGGUACGCACAAUCUCACCUGUUUCCCUCCAUGCACCUGUUUCCGGCCGCACCUGUCGUCGCCACCUGGGAAAGACUGGGACACAUGUAGUGAUAAAGAUAAAGAAACAAACAGAGAAUUACCUGGAAGAAAGCAACAAUUAUUUUCUGUUCUACCCAUCUCUCUCUGUCUGUAUCCCACGAGUGUGAAAAGAGAGAGAGAAAAAAAGAUAUUCAUGAAGUACAAUAAGUAAACGGAAAAAAAAUAAGGAAUAGAGAAAAUAAAGAGAAAAAAACUAGAAGAGACAAAACACCAGAGAUAAAAAGAAAGGAAAAAGUAGAGAGAGAUAAAAACAAACCAGAAACAGAAGAAAGAAAACAAAUCACAGACGAAAAACAAAAAAAAACAGUACAAAAUCAAAACGUGUGCUGCCUGCCUGUCUAUCUGUCUAUCUGUCUGUCCAUCCAUCCAUCUACCUGUCUACCUACAAGUGUGUGCGCGAGACUGUGUGUGUGUACAUGUGUGCGUAAACGACUGCCUGGCUGCCUGCUGAUACCAACCCCGCCCUACCACUGUCCCUGCCCCCUGGAGACCCUGUGGCCCCCUGGGGAUUAUGCUGAUGACAAGGAGCUGCUGGGGAUUUCCUGGGGCGUGACUCUCCCCCUUCACACUGACCACACCAGGGGAAGAUGAGGAGUAUGGAGGAGGAGGUGGAGGUGGGCGGGCCCCGUGACGACUUCCUGAGCGAGGACGACCACUCCCCGACUGACGCCUCCGAGGACAGCGUGGAGGUCCGCGUCAAGCCUAUCCGCGCCCCCCCACGUCCGCCCACGCCGCCCGCACACCCAAAGUUCCACAAGUUCCGCAAGCACUACUCGGCGCUGCGUCAGGAGUACGCCGCCCGCGCCUCCCCCGAGGCCGCCAGUCCGCCCAGCCCCGCCGCCCCGCCCCGCCCCAGCCCGCCCGCCAGCCCCCGUGGAGUCCUCUGUGGGCGCGGCGCCGCUCUCCCCGGGGACCCGCGCCGCCGCCCCGCAGUCGCCGGAAGCCCGCCGAGCCGCGGCGGCUGUGCCACGAUCCUGCCCACAAGCGCCCCCACAGCCCCCGACGCCCCGCGCGCCGCCAAGGUUCCCCGCGCUGACCCGGCGCCCGAUGCCGCCGACAGAAGCACACCUUCCUCGCCUUCCCCCGGGGCGCCGCCCCCUGCUGGCCCCGCACCCGCUGCUGGGCCACCUGGGCCGCCCAGCCAUGGGCGCCUUCCCGCCACUGCCUGCCCUGCCCCCCGCCUGGCCCCCCGUGGCCGCCCAGUGGGGGUACCCGCGGGUGGUGACGCCCCUUGGGUGGGCGGGGCUCACUCCCGGCCUGACCCCUCACCCCUACCCCAUGCUGCUGCCUCCCCACUACCCUUUGCCUCGCCCUGCCCUACAUCCCCACCUCCACCCAGUCUCGCCGCCGCCCAGGUCGCCCCCCGAGGCCCCCUCCCCCACCGAGGACCGCCCUCCCCGCGAUCGGCAGCAGCGGCCCCGCCGCGCGAGGCGCCCGAGGCCGAGGAGGAAUCUGGGGGCAGCGGCGGAGUGGGUGGUGGCGGGCGGCGGCGGCGGCGGCGGUGGCGGUCCGGCAAGCGAGGGCCGCUGCAGGGGAGGAGGAGGAGAGCCUGCAGGCGCUUGCUGCAGCCUGGCAAGCACAAACAGCGCAAUUACAAGAACAUGACCCGCGAGCGGCGCAUCGAGGCCAACGCGCGCGAGCGUAACCGCGUGCACACGAUAAGCGCGGCGUUCGAGAAGCUGCGGAGCUCCGUACCGGCGUACAGCCACAACCAGAAGCUGUCCAAGCUGUCCAUGCUGCGGAUAGCCUGCACCUACAUCCUGUCCCUGUCGCGCCUGGCGGGCCACGACUACAGUGAGGGCGCCACGCAACCCUCCUUCAGCGAGUGUGUGGACCUCACCACGCGCACCAUCCAGGUGGAGGGCAAGGCCAAGAAGAAGCGGGACGAGUGACCUCCGCUGCCUCCCUCCAGUGACGCUCAGUGUUCCUGCCCCCGCCAUCCGUGUUCCCCCCCAACGCCGAGACCCCUCGCAGCCUUCUUCCCACCGAGAAAGACUCAAUUAUUUAUUUAGUGCUACAAAUUCACAAAAGACGAUCUGUGACAAAGUAUAGUCGAUAAACAUUUCCAAAAGACAAUUGAUAUUGUAAUAAUUUUAUAUUCUAGUCCAAAACCGAGAGCCAAGCUCUCCCCGCCCGCCCCGCUGCGCUCAGCGUCUUGGCUGCCGCCGAGACCCUUCGCCGAGAAGAACACAGCAGAGCCGUCCAGCCGCCCCGCCCCGCCCCGCCCCGCCCGGCGCCGCUCCGCCCCGCCCCGACCCGCCCGGCGCCGCCAGGCCUUCCUGUCAGCCCGCCUCGUAGGCCCCAGUGAUGUCUAGCGCGGCGGCCACGCCUUCACACGCCAACCGCGCCCCACGAGCUUCCAUGUACACGAAAAGGUUACCUGUGCAGGACACAGCGAGGACGCUCCCCCCCACCACCCCUGCCAGGCACCGGCACACCCUGUGAGCCUUGACCUCCCCUCCCCACCAAACAUGAGCUGCCAACACUAAUCAUCAUGUACUGCCCACCACCCCACCCAUCCCGCACACCCCCGCCUCAACUAGGACAAAACACACACUCUCACCCACACACACACACACACACCCACACACACACACACACACACACACACACACACACACACACACACGCAGGGCUGGGGGUGGGCAAGGUCGUCCUUCAGUGUUCACUAGUGUUCCGGUGGCGAGGCGCGGGACUCCACCAGAUAGCGCCCUGGGGACCUCUGCGACGCCCUCCUCCUCUUCCCCUCCUCCUCCUCCUCCUCCUCCUCCCUCUUCGUCGGCUCUAUUUCCUCUCAUGUACAUAAUAUUGUUUGAUAAUGGAUAUAGUUUUCUAUUGUUAGUCUGUUGAUAUUAAAAUAUUUUACAAAAGAAAAAGA